AAUCGCCACUUGAUCUUAUUACCAGCGCCGCGGACAUUCGGCUCGUUAUUACAUAGUGAGUCGUGAUAAUACAACUUCAAGUCAAGUCACCUCGUGGCCGCUGUUUUGUCGCGAAACUAAACUGAAAGGACGCAGUGUACCAGACGAGAACUUCUCUAUUUAACACUUUAAACUCGGCGAAAUGAGGAUGCAAGUAACUACCUUGCUACUUGUCUGCUUGGGCGUUUGGAUUCAUACAGCGGAAUCGGGGUCCGGUGCGGACAGCAGCACAUAUCCGGAGGACCAGGACACGUCCGGAGAUGACCUGGAGAUCUCGGGAUCCGGAUCGGGAGAUGACGGGGACGGCACGGUGGACUUGCCCAUGGCCACGCCCACGACGGCGGCUCCGGCGGCCAAUGAGAGCGCGCCGGUUGCCGUGACGACGGAAGGGGAAGGCGCUGCAGUCGAGGUCGCGGCGGAGCCUACGUCGCCGAUGGCGACCGAGGUCCCCCCCACCACCACCCCCACCCCCACCACCACCGCGGCCGUCAUGAGCUCCACCGAUGGGGCUGAUGCCACCGACCCGCCCGCCAACCCUCCAGUGGCCUCCGACGUCCCUUCCACCACCGACGCGCCCGUCAACCCUCCCGUGGCCUUCGACGUCACCUCCACCACCGACGCCCCCACCAGCCCCUCGUCCUCCACCGGAACGGCCGGCACCACGGCCGCGCCCGACCAGGUCCCCACCACCGCCGUUCCUUGGGAGCUGCCCCAGGACCCCCUGCGGGAGACCACCCCAGCCAGUCCCGUCACGCCUGAGGAGGCGACCACGCCCUCCGCCCCUGAGGAGGAGGAGGAGUCCGGCCCUUCCGAGACCACGGAGUCCCUCCUCACCACCCAGAGUUCCCCCACCACCGCUGUGCCCCCCGUCGUCAUGGACACCGGCGUCAAGGUUACCGCCGCGGCCCCGGCCACGACCCCCGUUCCCGUCCAGGAGGAGGAGGAGGCCGAGGAGGAAAGGCCCGCCCCCACCGAGAACGCCGACCUGCUCCCGGACACCGAUCCGGACGACAUGGCGUCGGGCGAUGACUCCGUCCCUGCCUCCACCGCUGCGCCGCGGAGCACGGAGUCCCCCGGACUCGCCGAGCCCCUGAUCCCUGUGGAGGAGGAGGUCAUCAAGCCAGGGUUCAGAUCCAACGUCAACGAAGCGAUCCCAGACUCCGACUCCGACUCCGACCUGAUCAUCAUUGACCCCAGUGUGCCCCAGGAAGCCCACGCUGAUAACCAGAGUCUCCUGGAGAGGAAGGAGGUCCUCGGAGGUGUGAUCGCCGGGGGCGUGGUGGGGCUGGCCUUCGCCAUCAUGCUGGUGGCGCUCAUGGUGUACAGGAUGAAGAAGAAGGACGAGGGCAGCUACGCGCUGGACGAGCACAAGCACCCCAACGGGGGCUACCAGAAAGCCCGGACACAGGAAGAGUUUCUGGCGUAGAGAGACCCCCCCUCCCCAAAACCC